CUUAACAGUUGUCAGUGGCGCUAGUGUCGUACUUUGCUGAAGUGAAAUAAAUGUCUAGUGAAAAGUUUUGUUUCUUAAGCGUCUAAUCUAAGAUUAUAAUUCUUUUCUAGACAAAUUGUUAUAGAUUAUGGAGUUUCUUGAUGAAAUGUAUACCUGAAAAUAAAAAUCUGCGCUGUAUUCGCAUAGAGAACCUGUUCAUCAAAUCACUGAAAGUACCAUUCAUCCAAGAGAGGGAACAUAUAUAUUUAAGAAAAAGAAAGGCUUGAAGUUAAGAUUGAUUUGAUUGAAAAUUCAUCGAAAUUUGGUUAAAUGGUUAUUUUGUAAAGAAUUAACAGGUUAUAACAAUGUCUGCUCAAUCUGACCAAGACAUUAGCCCAAUUUAUACAGAAGAGGUGCCUGUUUCUUCACUGAUUAAUGUACAUGAGAAUGAAGUUUCAAAUCAACAAGGGUCCAUUUAUUUAACUACAGACAGUGUUAUACUUGAAGACAAACAGAGUGACAUAAAAACAAUUGAAUCACAAGAUAAUGACAUUGCAGAAGAUGAACAAGCAAACACAAAACGAAAUCGAGAAUUGAAAUCCAUACUGGCUUUGUCAAAAGAGGCAAAUCUUGACUUGAAUAUUUCUCAUAAAAGGAAAAGCCUAGAUUCUUUGAAAUUAAAAGAACUAGCAUUAACUCCUGGGAAAGUCUCAUCUGAAAAUGACUCAAAGAAAAAAACUGAUAAAUUUCCAAUAACAGCAGAGAGUGAAAUUGAAAGUAUGACUGGAGAUAGUACUAGUGCAAUACAUCUUCCCAAUGUAGAUAAAAUAAAAAAAGAAGAUGGAGAUGCUACAGAAGAACGUAAGAAUAUAAGGGAUGUUAAAAUCUUCAAGCCCAAUAAGGAUAUUUUUUGUUGGAGAUGCCAUAGAGAAGGUGUAAAUAUUUCUUGUGAAACUUGUCCUCGGUCAUAUCAUCAAAAAUGUUUGAAACAGACAAUUUCUGAUGCCAACAAUUGGCCAUGCCCUGAAUGUGUAGCAAUUUUGAAAGCUGAGAGUACUCAAACAAGAUCACUUGCAAUGAAAGGAAUGACACUGGAGCAUCUUUGUAGCCUACUUAAAUUUGCUGUUAAGAGGAUGAUAGAGUGUAAUGGGUCUGAACCCUUUCAUCACCCUGUUAAUGAUGAACUUUUUCCUGAAUAUAAGAAAUAUAUAAUUCAACCUAUGAACCUCACAUCUCUUGAGAAAAAUAUAAAAGAUAAUUUAUAUGGAAGUACACAGGCUUUUGAAGCAGAUGCUAAGUGGAUUUUACACAAUAGUAUAAUUUUCAAUUCAUUAAGACUUUCUUUAUUUCUAGACCAAUCCAAGCUUACUACAAGUGCAAAGACAAUCAUCAAAAUUUGUAGACAGGAAAUGGCAGAAAUUGAAAAUUGUCCUUCAUGUUACUUGAAUGCCAACACCAAAAAAUCUACUUGGUUUGUGGAGGUCUGUCCGAAGCCCCAUAUAUUAGUUUGGGCCAAACUGAAAGGAUUUCCAUACUGGCCAGCUAAAGCAAUGUGCACAAAUAAUUCUGGUAUGGUUGACGUUAGAUUCUUUGGAGCUCAUGAUCGAGCUUGGGUACCCUCAAAAGAAUGCUUUCUAUAUUCAAGGCGCGACCCAAAUUCAAACAAGCAAAAGAGGAAUGACAUAAUUGAAUGUAUGAGGGAAGUUGAAGUAUAUAUUGGAAAUCUUAAAGCAAUAUAUGGGGAAUUCAAUUAUGCUCCUUUCAAAUAUCAAUAUGAUCCAGAAAAUGAAUUGAAGCAGUUGCUAUUGUUUAUUCCAAGGUAUAAACCUAAUGCACCGCCUCCAAAAAAGAGGUUGAAGUCAGACGAACGUAAGAUGACGAAGGUCAAGAAGGAGGAAAGUGAGGGGAAUAAUGAGAAGGAAACAAAUGAAGAGUCUAUGGAAAUUCAAGAAGGUUAUGGGACCGAUGAUGAAAUGAUGGGAAAUGAAAUGCUAGAUUCUAUGAAGGGAGGGUUAACGUCAGGACAAGGAAUUGAUCCCAAUCCAAGUUUAGAGAAAAAUGAAUCAAUUGUUUCUGAUAGUGAAGAAGAAGACAAUAUAGAACCUGAAAUUGAUGAUGAUACUCAAGUAUCUAGCAAUGUUCUUGAUGGUAAGUCUCCAAGGGGUAAUAUUAGAACUAGAGGGGGUCUCCACACAUCUUCAGGCAAGUUAAAAACAAUACCUAGAAGAAUUUCUGAAGAAACCAUGUCUCUGAAAAGAUUAUCAUCAGAUGAACUGUCUUCUCCUAGCAAAAUACCCAGAAGAAAUAGCGAUCAGAGUAUAAAGAGCGAUUCCAGUAGAUUGUCGUCCAUAUCUGAUAAGAUCAAUAGAGUUGAUAUAUCAGAGAAUGUUGAAUUAACUUUGGGAAAUACUGCAGACAGUUACAUAACUUCAAGUACUGGCGAAUUAGAACUCAGAAAGAAACCUAUUCAGGUAGAAGUCAACAACUUAGAGCUGUCUAUAUCCCCCCAGAGUAAAACAAAGAUUACUGAUAGGCUAAUGCAGAAGUUAUCCUCAUCUGAUGAAGAUAUUUCCCAACAUGACGGUGAUAAUAAAGAGACAGAUGGGGAGUUGAUGACUGAUAGUAUUCUGGAGAAAUACAAGAAUUUGGUGAAGAAAAAAAGUAUGGAGUUUUCUUUUGCAGAGGAAGCUUCAACAUCUUUUGGUACCACAUCUGUAGUUCCAAAAGAAGUAUGCAUAAGUGGUAACGAUGUUAUCAGUAAUAAAUGUGAAGUAAAAAAAGAUACGGCUUCAGAAAAUGAUGGACAGUUGGAACCUACAAAUGGGAAUAAACAAUCAAAUGAGAAGAAUGAAAAUUACAACAAUGAAAUGGAUAUUUCAUCUACGGAAAACUUGAAAAAUGACUUGAACGAACAUGUAAUUGAACACAUUGCAGAAUCAAUAGAAAAUCCAGAUGAUGAAAUAGAUGCUUUUGAUGAGAAACAGAUACAGAAAAGAUGUUUAAUUAAAUCUGUUUUAGAAGAAAAGAAAAUUCCUAAGAGUGAUAAACCACCUAUUUCUGAAGAUCUGAAAAUUGCUGAUCUGAAAAACACUCAAAGAGAAGAUAUUAUUCUACCUGAUGGCUUAAAAAAUGGCGAAAACCCCUCAAAGAAUGAUGAGACUGACAUAAUCGUGAAAAAUAAUAUGACAAAGUUAGAAGAUGUUCGUAUUAAAGCAAAAAAAAUUGAAGCUGCUAUCAGUAGAGAAUCUGAAAAACAUAACAUAAAGCAAGACAUCAAAGUAUUAUCUGCAGAGACAACAGUGCAAAAUAUUGAGAAAGCAAAAUCGACUCCUGGUAUGCAGGUUAAGAAUAAGAUAGCAGUAGCAACUAACAUAGAAAAAACUAUACAAAGUGAGUUUAAAGACAAAAUUAUUAAAGCUACUGAAGUCACAAAGGAAAUUAUCAAAAAAGAUGCAGCUUUGUCUGAUACUACUAUCCCAAGGUUGGAAGUGAAAAAAAUUAUUACUUACAGUAGAAAGGAUCGAAAGUCUGCAGAAGUUAAAAGAAAAGAAUCGCCAGUUAUUGAACAGCCAAUGGACUCGAAUUCAAGUGAUGAUCAAGAACUUGUAUUAGAUGAUACUCAAAUAGAUGAAACCAAUAUUAGAAAUAUCAUUCAUUCAUCUUUGAACAAUGUGACAAGCGCCCGGAAAACUUCCCACGAACAUGUCUUAGAUGAAGGCAAAGUAACAAAAAGAAAGUUGCAGGUGAUGCAAGAAGGAACUCCUAAUAAAAAGAUCAAAAUCAAUAAAAAUGAAACAGAACCCAUUCAAAGGGAGUCUCAUUUCAAAAUAGUGCCCAUUCAACAUAUUUUGAAUAAAAAUAUUGAUCAAAAAUCUCCUGAACAACAUCAAACUAUAAGUAGUACUCCUAUUCUUCUGAAGAAAUUGUCACAGCCAAUUGUAUCAGCAAUGCAUAUUCCAGAUCCUCAACAAUUCGAUUGUGUCGAAAUUAAAAGCGAACCUGAAUCUGAAGAAGAUUUUCAGGAAAACGAAUACAUGGAAGCUAAACGUCAGUAUAUGUCAGCAUUGAAUAUAUCAGAGAAGACUGAAGAAGUGGCCAUUCCUAAAAAAAGUGAGAUUAGAACCAGAUCUAAAACAGAAGAAAUGGGAAGAGGGAAACAAUUGGAUAAUUUGACUAGAGUUAUAGAUGAAGUGGCGACCACCUUCAGUGCAAAACAUGAAACACAAAAGAAGGUAAUGGAAAAAAAGACUAAUAAUCAACCUCCAGCAACGCUUCAACCUGCUGAAGAUAGAAAGAAAACUUCCAAUCAGGAAAAUGGGGAGAUUUUUGUUAAAUCUUUUGCAAAGAUGGCCCGACCUCAACAACAAAGACAACAACCGGCACAAAAACCAAAACCAAACAACUCUACCACCAGCAAAGCAGCAGUAAUCCAGACAGUUCGUAGAGAAGUGACUCCAAAAAUAAACAUUAUUGAUUCCUCUCAAGCAACUCUCACUAGAAUCACAUCAACACCUAUUUCUUGUUCCAACACUUCUAGUACUAUCACUACAGCCUCUACAUCUACUAAUAAAACAUUAGAAUCUUUGAGUUCUUCUGGCAAUGUUUUAAUAUUAACACAGCCCGGUGUUAUACUUCCUACCAGUCAACAAUUGACUUACAAUGCCGGUAGUUUUGUUACGUUUGUUCCUAGCCAACAGAACAUGGCGAUGAUGCAAACCUCACAGGUUAUCAAUGCUGUUGUUGCCCCUUCUUUGCAUCAAAAUGAAUCUGUUCCUCAGCCCAUUUCUAAUAUGGAAAUGAUAAGAUCUCAAAAUUACAUCCCACAGAGUGAAGAACAAACAGAAAACAACACAAAUCGGACAAUGAGUCAACCACCACUUGCCAAUUCUAACAGCACCACAACAAAUAUUCACAAUAACAUUCAAAAUAGAGACAUACCUUCUCUUAUACCCAUAACUGACAAUGAAAGAAGUACUAUUCCAACAACUAGCAAUACUACAACUGAAGCAAGAACAGAAAAUACCAAUGACGAAUUUAGCCUCCUUCAUUCAAUGGUUCCAGAGUCUGUUUCUAAAGCCAUUAGUGAGGUUCUGUGUCGACCACCUCCUAAACUUAGACCGAGACCGCCUGGCCCUUUGAGUCAAGUGUUUGAUAGUGGAAAUCCUAGUAAUGCCGGGCCUGUUUCUGCUAAAAUAAACUCUAUAUCACACAGGCUUGGAGACUAUUUCCGUGGUAUGCUUAUUGAGAUGUUGGAAGACCUGGGUAAAACGAAUAAUACCGAGGCUACUAUUGCUUCAUUGAAACACGAAAUAGAAACCUUACAGCAGAGACAUGCUGCUGAAAUGAUGGAUAUAAGAAAGAAUGUAUGCACUAUUUUGAAGGAUAUACAAGGUAGUAUAGUUGAAGAACGAGAGAGGCUUAUUGAUGAAACUAGAUCAGCUUGUGAAAUAGAAGCUCUGAGGAGGAUAGAAGAAGCAAAAUCGAAGCAGUGGUGCGCAAAUUGCGGGAAAGAGGCGCAGUUUUAUUGCUGUUGGAAUACAAGCUAUUGUGAUUAUUCUUGUCAAAUAAAACAGUGGUCAAAACAUAUGAGCAAGUGCACACAACAUGCUGGACAGUCACAACCUGGACAAUCCCCAGCUAUAAGGCCCCAAAGUCAGUUAACCUUCAGACCUGCAAUAGCCAAAGCAUUUGGUGGUAGGUUAGUGACAAAGCCAACAAAAGUUUAUUUGAAUAGGUCAACGAAUUCUAAAACUAUACCAUUUAAGACAACCACAGGAGGUCAUUUAACAAUAGUAGAUUCAUCGAAUGUAGAAUUCCUUGCGAAUUCACAAGGAACUAAAUACAUAGCAACAAGUUCCUUAUUUACAAGGGUUAGGAAUGUAAACUCUACAGUAACGUCGCCAUCAAAUAGAACCCAACAAGCAGGAAGUCCAAGUCAGAAAGUCAAUAGUACUGUACAAGUUUUAAAACCCUUGCCAUCUACUAGUAAUAAUGUGUCUAAUGUAAUAUCUGAUGAAGAGAUGGAGAGUGAUUGAAAUAGACUUGAAGUGCAAUGACAAAAAAAAUUACAUUUUUAGUGCAGUUAUUAUAAGUGUACAUAUGUGAUUACUAUCUUACCUUCUGUAAUAAUAUUCUGACCUUUUUUCAGAGAUCUGAAUUAUGUUGAUAUCAUGAGGAUUUCAUUGUAGAGAAGGGAAAUGUGGAAGUGACUAAUCUUAUUAUUAUAUAUCUUUGAAUCAUUUCAUCAUUCCCUUCUUUGAAAUGAAAUAUAAAAUAUUGGUUUUAUUUCUUCAGAUGAAUUUUAGUUAAGUUUUACUGAAAUGUUAAAUUUAUUUUAUAUAUCCAUUCCAUUUAAUCAAUUUUUUCAAAUCAAUCAAACAUCUAUUUUACCCAGUGCGACUAUGUAAUGAUAUUUUCUUUAAUUUAUAUCAUUUGAAAUGUUCACACUGUAUUUGUAUUAGAGAUUUUAUGUUGUAUAUUUGAUAUGUUGUAGUGUUAUUCCCAAAGCAUUCUUCUAAUAUAGGUUUAAUAUAAUUGUUUUUUUUUUCAAGAGCCCAUUUCCAAUGUGCAUCCUUUUUUUGGUGAAAUGAAUUUUUAUGAAACCAUCCACUGUCCAUAACUGAUAACCCAUAUUAAAUUUCAUUAAAAUCAGAAAAAAAUGGUAUCACUUGAAGCUGUUCAGAAAGGACUAAUACUCUUGACAAGUGAUGAUCUAAAAUAUAUUUUUGCAAGUGUAAAUUUUGAAAUUGGUGACCAAAAAUAUUUUUUAUCCCAAAUGCUUCCACUAUAUUUGGUAGACUCGGAAGUAAUGCUACUAGUUCAAAUUCGUAUCAAAUCUAGAUGUAAUGGACCUUUUUUGUAGAAUUUUUCAGUAGUUUUUUGGCUUAUUAUUAUCGUUCCCCAAAGCAUCACAAUCUCUAUAUUCGAAAGCUUCUUGGCUCAAUUGUUCUUGUUAAGAUGAUUGGCCAGUACCUAGCUAGUACCCCAGGAUCAAUUCCGAAGAGGUUGCAAGAUGUCAUGAAGAUAAUAAACCAUUGCUCAAUUUUCAUUGUUUUUAUCUUAUGAAAGUGUUCACAAGAGAGUAAGAGUUAUUUUACACUUUCACAUUUUAUACCGUAUAGUAUUCGUACCAGUCACUUGACCAAAUUAUGAAAACGCUAAUAUAUUUGUUCCUUCGAUGUUGAGACGCACUAGUCGUAAAAUACCGGAAAAAAAUUAAAAUGACAAAAAUGAAAACUUCAAUCUCCCUAAGAAUUAGUUGAAACUUGAAAGCCUUGUAUAUAUGUUUCAGUUUUAAUAAAACACUAGCAGCUAAAAUAUAAGUCAUUUAUAUUGAGCUAUCUAAUUAAUUUCCAAUUAGAAGAUAAUAUAUACAAAAUGAAGAAAAAGGUAGGUGUAUCAACUUUUUGAUAGUAAUAAUUUAAUUUUAAAAUAUUGUAGGUUUUACUUAUGGGCAAAAG